AUGUUGGACUCGAUGAGAGCGAAUCCUCCUAGCAUCAAGCAAGCUCUCAAGAACAUUCCUAUCGCGCCCCUUCCUUGGCCCCAAGAUAUACGCCAAUAUCUGAAACCCAUCUUUAUUACAUCUCCUACCACGAAAACUCCAGGACCAGAUUUCCUAAGUGCCCUUCCUGUUGAGCUAUUGCUAUGUAUAGCAGAUUUUCUUCCCCUUGAGGAUAUCUACUGCGUCUCCCUUUGCAACUACCGACUUCUCGCAAUAUUCACAAACCGGAAGAAGCACCAAGACUUGGAACGAAAUGCCCGGUUGUCUUUCUUACAUCGGCUCGAACACGAUCACCCACGCUACUUAGCUUGCUAUGACUGCUCAAUCCUUCAUAAUUUGAACGGUAUAUCAGAGCGCUUUGAGAUAGCACACCCGACGCAUACCUUUCCAUACCCGCCUCGUGUUGACUGUGUACGUGCAUCUGAGCAUCAUUCACGGUUACAUUUUUCUCAUCUUCACCUUGCUAUGAGACGAUUCUACUGCGGUCCCCAAUACGGGAUUAGCACGGGUGCACUGUCCUUCACCGAAGUGAGAGAUGACUUUUGUUGGGGAGACAGAGUCGCCAGACCGACUACUCUAUUUUCGAUUGAGGCACAGAUAUGCCCUAAGCCACCGAGCUUGUUGUUGCGUAUUCAGGAUAUUAUGUCUACGAGGAGCAUAGCAUCGACCGCCCAAGACGAAUACUAUUGUGAUGUGGAACAAGAGUACUUUGCAACUUUCCGAGUUUGCAAACACCACUCGGAAGGAUUUUGGAUGCAAUAUAUUACUCAUGACGCAUAUCCCGCCCAUUUUCAUUCGAACUGCGGCAGUUGCAACACCGACAUUGAUAUUGAACUGUUCAAAAACCGACCAGAUGGUCAUGUCACCAUAGUGAUGACGAGAUGGAUCAACCUAGGACCCGGUCUCAGCUCAGAUGAUCCCCGAUGGAGUGUUAACGCAGGAGAAAGGUCAUGGGACGAGCCUGAAGUUUUCAAACUAGAUUCGAAGUACAUGGAAUUGAGUCCCCGACAUACCUUCGAAGCCCUUACCGAUACCUCGCUUGGGAAUUUUACUUAUCGAAAUCUCUCCUACCUCGAAAACCGGAGAUAUGAAAACGUGAUGGUACCAAUCCCCAGGAGUGAGCCUCCUUCCUGGGGGUUGUGGAAUGGGGCAGCUGUGCUUUGA